CUUUCAUCCUUGACACAGACUGCGCAUGCGUGAUCAUUCAACAACGUUCUGUCUCAGAAAGAAGCUAGUGCUCCGGAGCGUCGUCACCAGCCAUGACUGAACAACGAAACGGUGAACAAACGCCUCCCGCGUUUGCCUUCAUCAAAGAAGCAACCCCGGGUACAAGCCGCGAAGGCGGCGAGGAUGCCUCAAGCCUUUCGGACGAUUACCCUGCGUAUAUUGACGAGUACAUCAAUGACGCGUUGAAGGCGUUGAACCACCAGACCGAUGCCACUGACGUCAAUGAUGCCACUGACAGCGGAAGCACCAACUACGCACCUGUGGCGUCCACCGCUACUGCCGAUCACGCCUGGCCCAGAACAGGCCACGCUAACAUCGAGAACCUAUCCUCCCCUACGAAAGACACAGCGAGCUGUUCUGACGACGCCUGGCGUUCCCAGCGGAACGCGGAGCACAGGCCGAUAGCCGACCAGACGCACAACCUAGACGCGGUAUCCUUAGUCACGUGCACCUGGGGCCCACAAGCAGCAUCGAUCACAAAAAGCCCAGCACAAGCCGCGCUGGAAUGGUGAAGGCAUCAGCAAGUUUACAAUACGGAGCCAGAAAUCCUCAGACCACACGGCUUCACCAAAGCAACACGCAGUACUACCCGACUGCAGGCACAUCCACCAUGCAGGGGUAUACACACAACAGAGAAACCGGAAGCACUAGUUACACACUUCCAGUCUACAGCAGCAGCGUCGGUGGCAAAUACGCAGUGGCCAGUACAAGCCACGCUGGCACGGAGGAAGCAUCGGACAUUCUGAGAAGUGAUGCUAGAAUUCCUGACACCAGCGGCGCUGAGCCAUGGAGUAUGCAGUACUACGCGGCUUGUGGCACAACUACAGUCUCCGGUAGGUGUGGGAAGACUUUCAGCCGCUGGUAUACAACGCCUCACCUUGCACGUGACUCAGCAAUCUGUCUGCAGUCGUAUACGACACAUUUCUAGAGCAUCGCCGCUGGUUCACGGGCGCGCGGUUCUACACCUGUCAAUCUGUGCACUACAUCUACAUAGUUUCUAAUGUUGCCUCGUGAACUUAGGCUCACCGUUGAGAUGAUCUGAUGGGUGAAUCGCUGCGGCGAUUACACUACUCGCGUCUGUACGGUACUGUACUCCUGCUGAGGACAGUACUAGUAAGCCAGUAAUUAGGAGAGUAAGCAGGCAUUCCCAGUUUGCUAUCGUGUCGACGUCGCUAAAGAACCGCAACAAGGCUCCUUCAGCUUUGCCAUUAGAAGAAACGUUUUUUUUUUCUAAGGGCUGCUUAUUGUUGAUUGAACUGUUUAACUGCAUGAUGAAUUAAACUGUGCUGUGCUUCUUGUCCUUACCUAGUACUUCCCAGCAGUGCUACAAUAUAGUCUCAAAUAUUAUCGAAAGCGAACGCGGAGGAGCCCGAGGCAA